CAGUUUUUUAAUUUUAAAAUUGAAAAAAAAAAAAAAAAUCAGAAUUUCACUAGACCUGACGUUGCAGCUUUGGCACGGAAUGAGUCAAGCUUCAAAGUCAAGCUCUGUUUCCAUUGCUCAAAACUCCAAGCUUUUGAUCUGUUUCCAUUGAUCAUCUCUCUUAUUAUCUUUCUUCACCUUGUAAGCUUCUUUCAUGGCUUCUCUGAUUCCCCAUCUUUUUCUCUUGUUAAUGCCUUUCCUUGUGAAUGCUCAAAGUAAUAGCAUAAUAAACACUGGUAGCUUUCUCAUAGCUGGUGAUGUUUCUACUUCUCCAUGGCUUUCUCCUUCGAAGGAUUUCGCGUUCGGUUUUCGAGAACUUGAAAACGGUCUCUUUCUGUUGUGUAUUUGGUACAACAAAUUACCUGAAAAGACUGUUGUUUGGUUUGCCAGACAUGACCAAAAUCCAGCCCCAAGAGGCUCAAAGGUUGAGCUAACUGCUUUAGAUGGCUUAUUGCUUCGCGAAUCCCGAGGUGGAACUUCGAAACUGAUCGGCCUUGUUUCGGGGACAGUUGCCUCUGCUGUGAUGAAUGAUACAGGUAAUUUGAUGCUUAAAGAUUCAGACUCCAUGCUGUUAUGGGAGAGCUUUAAACAACCAACAGACACCUUGCUUCCUACACAAAAGAUGGAGAUAAAUGACAUACUUUCUUCAUACAAAUCAUAUCAGAAUUACUCAUUGGGAAAGUUUCAUUUUCAAUUGUGGAAAGGCAAUGCAGUGCUCAAUAUCAGAAACUUGCCCACUGGCAAUAUGUAUGAAUCGUACGAUACGAUACGAGCCACUAAUGGAUACGAAAUUGUUUUUGACAAGGAUGGUGUCUUGUAUAUAAUGCAAAGAGAUGGAAACAGGGUUAAUAUCAGUGAACCAGAAGGAGAUUACCCAGCUGAUAUUCAUUACUACAAAGUGACAAUCAAUUUUGAUGGUGUUCUAACAGUGAGUCACUAUCCAAAGAAUCCCACCACCAGUUCAAAUGCAGCCUGGAAGGACUUCAAGAAGAUGCCUGAUAAUAUAUGCAUGGCUAUGAGGGGAGAGUUGAGCUCUGGAAUCUGUGGAUAUAAUAGUAUAUGCACAUUAAAUGAUGAUCAAAGGCCAAGAUGCAAGUGCCCAACUGGUUAUUCUUUUAUGGACCUGAAUGAUACCUACAGCAACUGUGUGGCAAAUAUCCCACAAAUAUGUGAAGAAGGUGCACAAAAUUCUACUGAUGAUCUAUAUAGUUUACAAGAACUUCCCAAUACUGAUUGGCCAAUGCUUGAUUAUGAGAGGUACAAUCCUUUUAGUGCUGAAGAGUGCAAGAAAGCUUGCUUGCUUGACUGCCUCUGUGUGGUGGCUGUGUAUAGAGACAAUACCUGUUGGAAGAAGAAGCUACCACUAUCAAAUGGGAGGGAAGAUAGCAAGGAAAUAUCUGUUUCUUUUCUAAAAUUAAGAAGAAAUACUAGUUCCACUGGGAAAACCCAAGAUGGGUUUCCAAUACCUGAAGGAAAGAAGAAUCAGCAAACAUUAAUUGUUGUGAUUUCUGUGUUGCUAGGUUGCUCUCUGUUUGUCAUUCUCAUCCUGGCUAGUAUGAUAUGUUGGGGUUUCAUCUCCUGCAAUAAAAAGAAGCUUGCAGCAGGUAAUAUUCUACCAAGUGAAAGCUUUGAAAGUAACAAUCUAUGUCAGUUUACAUAUAAAGAACUUAGCGAAGCUACAAAUGGAUUCAAGGAAGAACUAGGAAGAGGAUCUUGUGGCAUUGUUUACAAAGGGAGGAUUAAAACUGGUGUUGUUGCUGUGAAGCAAUUGGACAGAGUGUUUGAAGAUAGUGAGAAAGAAUUCAGGACAGAAGUGAAUGUGAUUGGGCAAACACACCACAAGAAUCUCGUUCGACUACUCGGGUAUUGCAACGAGGGGAGAUACCACAUUCUAGUUUAUGAAUUCAUGAGCAAUGGGACUCUAGCAGACCUCCUUUUUGGUGAUGGGAAGCCAAGUUGGAACCUCAGAACCCAAAUAGCCUAUGGAAUUGCCAGAGGACUAAUGUACCUGCACGAGGAAUGCGAUAAGCAAAUCAUCCAUUGUGAUAUAAAGCCUCAAAAUGUACUUCUUGAUGAACACUACAAUGCCAAGAUUGCUGAUUUUGGGCUGGCAAAGCUAUUGAAAAUGGAUCAAAGCAGAACAGAAACAGGGAUUAGAGGGACUAAAGGGUAUGUUGCUCCAGAUUGGUUCAGGUCAGCUCAAGUGACAGCCAAGGUUGAUGUGUAUAGUUUUGGUGUGCAACUGCUGGAAAUCAUAUGUUGCAGAAGGAACGGAGAUAUGAAUGAUUUUGAAGGAGGACAAGAACUAUUAGUUGAUUGGGCCUAUGACUGUUUCCAACAAGGAAGAUUAGACGUUCUAGUUGAGGAAGAUUUGGAAGCCAUGGACGACAUGAGGAGGUUGGAAACGUUUGUGAUGGUUGCAAUCUGGUGCCUACAAGAGGAUCCAUCACAAAGACCAACAAUGAAAAGGGUAACGUGGAUGCUUGAAGGCAUAGCUCCUGUUUCUGUUCCUCCAAAUCCCAACCCAUUUACCUCCAAUUGCUAA